GGAAUUCAGCCAGGCCCGAAAAUCAAAGAAACGACUCAUAGUCGGGUACAAAGAGAGGGCUUUACGAGCCACCAAAUGGGCUACCCUAUUACUACUAAAUCAAUCCUAAUACCUGUAAAUUACUCCUAAUAGAAAUGUUACAUGUACUACGGAACCUUAAAUCUUGCAGGAUGGCAUUUCCCACCACCACUGCACUACGAGCUGCCUCACCAUGAAUGUUAACAUGUUGGUUGGAGUUAUACAGAGAAAUUAUUAUCCAUGGAUAACUGUGGAUACCCGAAACCUGAACGAGUAUGGGCAUGAGCAUGGUUUUGAUUUUCUACUUGAUUCUUAUAUGGGUAUUGGUAAAACCCGAAAUACUUGGGAUAAAGUAAUGGAUAUGCACUAUCCGCCCCGCCCUGACUUAUUGACAUCUCUAGUAUUAUUUGAUUUUAACUAAAACAUUAAAUAAAUGGAUGAUGUUUUAAAUAUUAUUUGGUUAUGUAAAAAGUAGGAGGGUAAAAAAUGUCAACCCCUCUUCCGUUUUACCCCUUCAUCAAUUUUCCCAGCUUAAAACUUGUGCACUCAAACUCAAAAAUCAUUUGAUUGCUUAAACUAUGAUUUGACUACAGAGUUAGGUAAGAAGUUUCAAGAUUAAAAUGUCAAAGCCAAACAUGCAAUAGGUAAUUGAAGAAGCCAAAUCUAUGAGUUCUGUUGAGAAACACAGCCUGUACAACUCAUGACAGCUUUGGCUCAGCUCAAUCAUUUACUUUUACUACAAAAAUUUCUUUGCUACAAGACCACCUUCUUUUCCACUGAUUGUUUCAACCUAAUGUUUCAACUAAUAUUGUACUCUCAUGAAUGUUUCUCAAGUCAAAAAAAUGAAUACCCUUGUCUUCACAUAUGACCUUUUCAUAAUAUACUAUAGCUAGGUAGCUAACAACUCCAUCCGCCACACUUGUUUUCCUAUUUUUCUUUUCCAAGCUUUAUAUGGCAAACAGAGUUAGCUACCAACUCUCAAUUAUCUGUCUCCCACUCUCCCUCUUUGUGUCUUACCAUGUCAAAAGCUUCGUAUCUAUAAAUAGCCUGCUCAUGCAAAAGCUUCCAUCGUAGCAGCUCUUCCUUUACUUGCCACCUUUUCACUUCUUCUUCUUCUAUAUCUUUUGGCUUCUGAUACCAGAGAAAGAAGAAGAAGCAAUCAUGGCUCGAUAUGUUAGCCUUGUCUUUGUUUUCAUGUCUCUUCUAGUCAUGCCACCAUUUUGCUUUGGUGGGAAGAACAUUGGUGGGUACUUGUACCCUCAGUUCUAUGACUAUUCCUGCCCCAAAGCUCAGGAGAUUGUCAAUUCCAUUGUGGCCAAGGCAGUUGCGAAAGAGCCUCGGAUGGCUGCUUCGUUGAUCAGGCUGCACUUCCACGAUUGCUUUGUCAAGGGAUGUGAUGGUUCAAUCCUGCUAGAUGGUGGUUCGGGCAUAACCAGCGAGAAGAACUCGAACCCAAACCGCAACUCUGCCAGAGGGUUCGAGGUGAUUGACGCAAUCAAGUCUGCAUUAGAGAAGGAAUGUCCUCAGAAAGUUUCUUGCGCUGAUGCUCUAGCUCUGGCUGCCAGAGACUCCACUGUACUUGCUGGAGGACCUAGCUGGGAAGUUCCAUUGGGGAGAAGGGAUUCCAAAAGUGCAAGCCUGAGUGGAUCCAACAACAACAUUCCAGCACCAAACAACACAUUUCAGACUAUCCUGACAAAGUUCAAGCUCCAAGGCCUUAAUGUUGUGGACCUUGUAGCAUUGUCUGGAAGCCACACGAUUGGGAAUGCAAGGUGCACAAGCUUCAGGCAGAGGCUGUACAACCAGUCGGGCAACGGUCAGCCAGAUUACAGCCUCCAUGCAUCCUAUGCUGCCCAGCUGAGAACCAGAUGCCCGAGAUCAGGUGGUGACCAGAACCUCUUCUUCUUGGACUUCCAGACUCCGACCAAGUUCGAUAACAGCUACUUCAAGAACUUGUUGGCUUCGAAGGGACUGCUGAGCUCGGACCAGGUCCUCCUGACAAAGAAUGAAGCAUCCAUGGAGUUGGUGAAGCAGUAUGCAGAGAACAAUGAGCUUUUCUUCCAGCAGUUUGCUAAGUCUAUGGUCAAGAUGGGGAAUAUCUCCCCAUUGACUGGUUCCAAGGGAGAGAUAAGGAAGAACUGCAGGAAGAUGAAUUGAAGUAGCUAAACUGGAUGGAUUUAUUUCAAAACAUGAGAAGUCAUAUUUUCAUUAUCUAAUAAUCUAGUUUUGGUGUCGCUUCCAUUCAACUGUGUCCCCCCCAAAGUGUGGUUUUGCCUGGGAGGUUCAAAUGUGUAUUU